AUGGCAACAAAUAUUGAAACAAAUAUGCACACAAAAAACUAUAACAAUCUGAUUAUAGCAUUAAUUGUAAUUGAAGCUCCGUCAGCACCUGCUUUGCCUUAUGAUGAAGUGGAAAGAGAGCGUGAGCAGCAGGAGGCUUUUGGCAAAGAGGUCCUCAAGCAGAUUCAGGCUUUUGGCGAGUCAGCGAAUGAUGAAUUCGAUGUGCAAUGGGCUCACGAUAAAUUAAACACAAGUCCUUUGGACAAAAAGAUCUUCAUUCUAGAUGAAAGUACCGCACCUCAGGCAAAACAGGACAGUACACCGAUUUUCAUUGAGGACAUGUCAACACAGCGAGAAAAUGAACCAUUGGAUGUGAAGACGUCAAGCGGUGAACGCAAAAAUCCAUUUUUAGAUGACGAUGAUGAUGAUGCAAUAAAAAUUGUUGAAGAAAAUGAUGUGGAUAUGUGUGAUUUGGACUAUACAAUUGCCGCAAAAUAUUACAAUAAUCAGUAUUCGAGUCGUAGACCAGGACCAGUUUAUACUAUUCCUGAAGAUGAGGAGCAAAAUGACGGGCAAAUCGGUACUGAUUCGAAAUAUUAUGCAAAAGAAAUCGUUCGUCGUGUAAGCAGUCCAAAGAUAACUACGGUACCUAUUACGCCAACAAUUUCAGUUAAAAUUUCUAAAGUUGAAAAACCUCCAAAAACAGUAUCUCAUGCAACAAAGACUGUAAGUAGUGAUGAUUAUUAUGAUCAGAUGCAAAAAGGACAAGCUGGGCAAACUAGAUUCAUUGCUUCAUCUAAAUCUGUUACCACAGCCGCCACAAGUUCAUUUACCACACCAAUGCAAAAUGUUGAGUCGAUAACGAUUGUACCAGCAGAAUUAGAAACACAAGAAAAUGCGCUAACACCCGUUCGUAAUGCACCACCACCACCAUCGGAAACUAUUUGCAACGGUUUCAGUGAUGAUGUAAAUUUGUUUGAAACAUCUGCAUUUAAAGCAGAAGAUGGUGGUGCAGCUUGGACAACUGAUAAUCCAAAGCCUUUACAACAAUUAGAUGCUGAAGAUUAUCUCUUCCCAAAAUGCGAUGAAUCUAAUGCUAAAAUUCAAUCGUCAGAUAUUACUACAGCAUCUGCUUCAUUUACAUUGCCAUCAUGCAUUAUAUCAUCUUUCUCACAACCAAUAGUUACAACGACAUCAGUUAUUUCGAGGACUCUUGGAAGUACAUUAGAAUCAGCAGUACAUGGAGUACCAUCUCAAAAAGAGAACAUUUCAGCGAUUCCAAAAUUAAAACGUUCACCAGCGAUGCUUCUUGCGAAUGGACAAAGUAAAAUAUCCUCAACAUCAGAUCAAACAAGCAUUUACCGCUGUUUUUUACAACACCAAAGUGCUGCCUCAGUCGCUGUGCAACCUCGGUUGAAAGAGGCCUACAUCGGCGCUCAGAUGCAAGGGCAACAACCCAUUGAGCCGUACUACCUAUUAUCAGCCGUACUAGAAUGA